UCCUUAAACCUGUAAACCACUCACGAAUUUAGCUCAGCACCAAUCGACUAAUCGGCGCGUGACGACACCCAGCCGGAGGCCACCGCCACCCUCAAGAGACUGAGCCGCACGCGCUAUAUCAGCGGCUGGGGGAACUCCUCCAAACAUUCGCAAAUGAAACUCCCCGCCUUAAAGUCGUCUCCCAAGACCACUCGCACGUCCCCCACGAACCCUCUAAUUGUCCCUCCCACUCGUCAGUGCCCUCCAAUCGCAGAGAAACCGCGUGGGUCAAGCACCCCCCACCAUGCUAUGAUACUUCCCGGGCACGACUCCUUUUGGUGCACCCACACGCUUCGUCCGCUCCGUUGAGCCACACGAAUCCUUCCGCUGCCGUACACCUGUAAGAUAAGGAUAGAGAGAGAAAGAGGAGAGAGAGAGACUCACAGACACUGUUCGAGAAUUCUAGAGAGAGAAAGGUUUUUUUAGAGAGAGAAAGUCCCCGUGUGCGAGAUCUGAUCGAAGAGAGGAGAAGAAGGUAAACCAUCUCGAAACCUAACUGCUCUCGAAAGCCCUAAGUUUCUCCCUUUGUUUUGUCUUAUUUGUGAGUACAUCCCUAAUUUUCGCUUCUGUUUAUUCCGAUUUAUGUAUUUCUUGGUUCGAUCGAAGGCGGUGAAGUUAUCCAUCGUAAACCAUAAGAUUCCUUUUUUUUUUGUGUGUUUCUUUGCCUUUUUCGUCGAAAAGCCCUAAUAUGGUUCUGGAUUCGUUGAGGGAAAAUUAGGGUUUUUUGUCUUUCUUUUGUCGGUGAUCUUUGUCAUAAACCCUAGUUUGAACCGGUUCGAAGCUCUGGUGAAAUCCGCGGGGGAAAAGUGAAACUAGGGUUUCGGAGGGGGUACAUGUAUGGCUUCGGGGCCUAUGGUUGAAGGAGGUGAUAGAACUAGAGAGAAGCAGAGGUAUAUGGAGAGCAAGGUUUAUACAAGAAAGGCAUUCAAAGGACCGAAGAAGAAUAGUAUCUCCAGUAUUACCACCAACAACAACACAAAGAACGAGAAGAGCGACAAGAACGAGAAGAACGACAACAACAACAACAACAACAACAACGUCGCCGUAGCCGCAGCUACAGACGACACCGUAACCAAAAACGACGAUGUUAAUAAGGAUACCGGCAAGAAGAGUGAUGAGAAUUCGACUCAACCGCCUCCGUCGUCGGAGACGGCGGAAGAUUUGUCGCAGCAGCUUAUUUCUAGGUUAGAUGCAGCAGUCUCCAACGAUUCGGCAAGCUUGGAUAAGCAACAGGUGGCUGCAGCUCCAGCUGCGGCAGAGCCAGAGCCAGAGCCUGAGCCUGAGGCUCCGGAACCAGCUCCAGCUGCGGCAGAGCCAGUGCCAGAGCCUGAGGCUCUGGAACCAGCUCCAGCUCCGGUAGCGACUCCGGCUGUGGAAGCGGCUGAGCCUCCGAAUCCAGCUCCAGCUCCGGCCCCAACCUCUAGGGACCCGCCUGCCGGGAAUGUCCCAGGGAAGGAGGGUUCAGAAAGUCAAAUUAAGAUUGGUUGGGGGUCGAGGUCGAAGCAGGAGGUACGCGAGCUUCGGAGGAAGCUUCAGGGCGAGCUCGAAACAGUGCAGAAUUUGGUGAAGAGGAUAGAAGUGAAACAGGGGCAGAUGAGUGGGUAUGCUCAUGCCCAUGUGCCGGCGAAUAAUGUUCUCAGUAAUGGCGGAGCAAAGCGGGCUCAUUCGGAAGUCGCUCCUGUUGUUGUCACUCGUGAGGUUACUAGGCCAUUGCACCAGUUGAAUAUAUCCGUGUUGGAGAACAAUCAUGGCGUGGGUGAUAAUGUGGAGAAGGAGAAAAGGACACCGAAGGCGAAUCAGUUUUAUCGAAAUUCAGAGUUCCUACUCGCGAAGGAUAAGUUUCCGCCUGCAGAGAGCAACAAAAAGUCUAAACUGAACGGAAAGAAGCAUGGUGGAGAUCUGGGGAAUGGGUUUGGGAUGGGUACGAAGUUUUUCAAGAGCUGUAGCUCGUUGCUGGAGAAACUGAUGAAGCACAAGCAUGGUUGGGUGUUUAAUGAGCCCGUUGAUGCAGAGCGUCUUGGCUUGCACGAUUAUCGUACCAUUAUCACACAUCCAAUGGACUUGGGUACCAUCAAAUCGAGGUUGAGUAAGAAUUGGUACAAGUCACCGAAAGAAUUUGCAGAGGAUGUGAGACUUACAUUUCAAAAUGCCAUGACGUAUAACCCGAAGGGCCAGGAUGUUCAUGUCAUGGCCGAGCAGCUAUUGAGGAUUUUCGAGGAGAGGUGGGCUAUUAUAGAGUCUGAUUAUAAUCGAGAGAUGAGAUUCGGGUAUGAUUAUGGAAUGGGCCUCCCAACACCUACACCAAGAAAGCUUCCGCCUCCGCUAUUGGCUCCUCUUGAUAUGAGAAGGAUUUUGGAUAGGUCGGAAUCAAUGACACACUCUGUUGAUACCAGGCCAAGGCCUAUGAGUAUUACUCCAAGUGCUAGGACACCUGCUUUGAAGAAGCCAAAGGCAAAAGACCCGCAUAAAAGAGAUAUGACUUAUGACGAAAAGCAAAAACUCAGCACAAAUCUUCAGAGUUUGCCUUCAGAGAAGCUAGACGCUAUUGUACAGAUUAUUAAGAAGAGGAAUUCGUCACUUUUCCAACACGAUGAAGAAAUUGAAGUGGACAUUGAUAGUGUUGACGCGGAGACACUGUGGGAGCUUGAUAGGUUUGUGACCAACUACAAGAAGAGUUUGAGCAAGAAUAAGCGCAAAGCGGAACUUGCUAUCAAAGCCAGAGCAGAAGCUUUGCAGAAUGCCCAGGAGAAGACCCAGGCUCAAAUUGUACCAGAGGUGCCCAAAGAAAACAAGACAACAGAUGAAAAUAUUAUUUCCUCUUCCUUGCCGGUUCGAGGGGAUGACCAGGGGGAUAAUAGGAGUAGGUCAAGUAGUUCUAGCAGCUCUAGCAGUUCUGGAUCUUCCUCGAGCGACUCUGAUAGCGAUAGUUCGUCGGCAUCUGGAUCUGAUGCAGGCUCACCAGGAACUUGAUUGUUUGCUAAAUUAGGUCAGAUACCAACAGCAGUUACAGAUCCUGAUUUUCUUUACAUGGCAGAUCUAAGGAAUUCAACUAGGUGGAUAUUUGCUCUUUGGCGAUCCAAAGUCUCAUACUAUGGUUUUGAAUCUGCAUUUGGUGUACAGUGGAAAUGUCGUCAAGGCCAUUAACUUAAUGUGCCACUGCCAAAGUGGGUCGGUCUGUUCCUCGCUGUGGUCGAGAGAUAAUGACUCGUUUUCCACUCGUGGCUCCUUUUGUUUUGUCAAAGAUUUGUAUUAUAUUGGUAGAAUAUGGUGAUAGCUAGAUACAGUUGGUCUGUUUUCCCUUAGCACGUGUACAUUGCUAACUACUGCUACUCAUCUAAGUUUCAGUGACUUGUCUUUGUUAUUAUGCUGGCAGAUUCAGGAUUCUUUGUUGUUAAAUUAGCAGGAGAUAGUCUGUACUCUGUAAUUUCAAGUUCAUUUAGUCAUAAUUUCUUCCAUAUAAAUCA